AUGACCGCCACGUUACCUUCCACGCUCUCUACGUAUAUUUCGAUCGAGAAGCUGACCGAUCCUUCGUUCAACCCGUACACGUAUGCCAAUAACCUCGUCAAAUCCGUCAACACAUCGAGCGCCACAGGCCAACCUACUACUGGACCAGACUCUCUAGUAGAUCUCACCACUCCACUGCAGAAGACUCUUUUCGACCUUCAGGAGAUUGACACCAGUAUUCAUGCGCUCACUUCACGGUCUGCACUUGACAUAAUAGAGUACACACAAACACAGAAUGCCACAGCUCAACGUAUUCUGGAACGUGUCGAGGAAGAACGAAGCAGGCUGGUAUCAGAUUUUGAACGAUUGAGGACAGAGGUGCUCGGCAAGUAUGAACGUGCUGAAAAGGCACGGAUAGGUGCUGAAAGAAGUCUGGUACUGGUCAAGCUCACGAAGAAUGUACAGAAAAUUGUCAAUCUUGCACGGCAAUUUGAGUCGAUUGUCACAGAGGGCGGGCUCGGAACGGGCAAGGAGCAGCACAAAGAGCUUGUGAGGGCCAGUAAUACGCUGCUCGAGUUCAAGGACUUUAUGAGCAGACCGAGUACUGAUUCGCCCGAGCUUGGCAAGAUCAACAUGGUUCGACAAGUCCGAGGUCGCGUAUUCGAAGACGGUGAAGCUAGGUUGCUGGACUGGGCGAGGAGGGUUGUUCGAGAGUUCAGUGCAUCAAGUCUAAUAUCCACCUCAAUGCCAACGAGUGCUUUAGGACCAGUUGCGUCGACAUACAAGGAAGCGGAGGAAGCCCGGGCGAGGUUCACAUCCGCCGUACAUGUGCUCUAUCUCUUGAGUCCUGCACCAAGACUAGAGGGGGGUAGGAAAAUGAAGAGGGAAGAGUUUGAAGCCGAAUAUCUGCUACGAGCACUGCAAGGAUAUUUACAAAGUAGUGUCACGAGCAGCGUGGGAGGCAUCAGCAAAGGGUUGGCACAACUUCCGCUUCUGGACAAAGCAUUACUAGAGGAAAAGACUAGCGGAAAGACAAGGAAGGCGCAGAGUAAAGAGAUGGACGAUGAAUCCGAUCUGUACGAUGGGCUUGAUGAGCUCGAACUAGUAGACGAGGACGACGCUGUAGGCGAACAAACUCGGACAGCGACCCUGCUUGAUUCGCUGCUAAGUUCGCUGGACACACCCGCGCUAGCAUCGUAUUUCUGGCGGUCUUUGGCGAGUUCGUUGACGACGAAAGUGCAAGAGAUAAUGAAUCGAGGUGGCGUGUCGGCACGGACAUUGAAGAGUAACAAGGAAGUGGUCAGGACCGAACUACGUGAAUGCGUAUUGAGAGGGUCGAAGAUGCCGUCUGCGCUGAUGGAUGGACACGUCGGAGGUGGAAAGGAAGAAGUGGUUGGCAACUGGGAGAGGGAGGCUGCAGUCAUGGUUGGCAGUGUGAUGGGGCCUUUGAAUCGGUAG